GAGGGCAGACGCGACAGAGGCAGUGAGAGAGAGUCUCCCUCUCGCUCGCUCGCGCUCGCUCGGAUCUUCGGAUCCAUACCCUUGUAUCUUUGGAAACCAUGGAUUCCUAAGAGAAGACACCCGAAAACCCUAAUCCCCCUUCCCUUCCCUCCUCGCCGGAGCUCCCCGAUCGGAUAACCCUAGCCUCCGCCCGCUCCAUGGCCUCCGCCGCCGAUCCCUCCUCCACCUCUCACUCCCCUCGCUCCGCCCGCCCCUCGCGCGGCCCCUCCUCCCCAUGGUCCCACGUCCUCCGCGGCGAUCCCGAGUCCGCCGCUUCCGCCGCCGCCGCCGCGACGCCCUCUUCUUCCCCGCCUCCAGCCGCCCCGAUCCUCUCUCUGGAGCCAUCCGAUCGCUCCCUUGCGGUGCCACCCGAGAACGUGGCCUCAUCGUCCGGUACCGCUCCUCAGUCCUCGAUGCCAUCGGGUACCUCCGAGCAUGGGAGCAACGGUAAUGCUGCGGCCUCCGCGUCCUCCUCCGCCGCCGCGGCCAACCGAGGAAAGAAGCCUGCCUGGCAAAGGCCAUCCAACGGCUGGAUCGAGGUCGACCCUGUCAUGGAGGCUUCCUGGCCCCCUCUCUCCCUGUCCACCAAGGCCUUCCCCAAAUCGUCGUCCUCCGAUACUUCGAAGGGCUCUUCCGAUAUACCAAUCUCUACUCCCCCGGGACCUGUGAUAUCAACUCCUUCUCCAAAGCGGAAUUCGAACAAUAUAAACCUCAAUUCAACCCCAGACCUUGUGGUUCCUCCUGCCCGCCAGAAACCCAACAAGCGUGGCAGCGGCGGUGGCGGCAGUAGCAGUGGUACACCGGCCAAUGGUAUACCGGCAUUGCAAUCGCUGCCACCGGCUUCGGCCGUGGCGGCUCAGAUCACCCCGGCCAAACAGACUACCCAAGAACCAUCUCCCAGAGACGUCCCCAACAAAAACAGCGGCAACAGCAACUGGGAGCAUGGCACCGGGGGCGGUGGUUUCACACCUCAGCAACAUGGUGGAAAUGAUCACCACCGGGGUUACGGUGGCAACCGGAGGGGUGGCGGCAGUGCGUCCCACCACGGCAGUUUUGGGAGCCGACGGGAUCAGGAGCGUGGGAACUAUGAGUGGAAUCAUCGAGGUUUUAGCAACAGGGAUGCCAGCGUGCAGCAGCACCAGCAGCGGGGUGUUCGACCGUACCCCAGACCGCCCCCGCCGGUCGCACCACCGCCGUUCAUUGGCCCACCUCCUCCAGUCCGACCUUUUGUGAAUCCUAUCGGCUACCCUGAUAUUCCUCCUGUGUAUUAUGUCGCGGCACCCCCACCUCCUGAGACUCUCAGGGGUUUGCCUUUUGUUGCUCAUCCAGCAGCACCCCCUGCAAUGUUUUUCCCACCGAUAGAUCCUCAGCGUGCUAUGUUACUGAAACAGAUAAACUACUACUUCAGUACUGAAAAUUUGUGCAAAGAUAUUUUCUUGCGGCAGAACAUGGACGAGCAGGGCUGGGUUCCUAUAUCCUUGAUUGCUGGAUUCAACAGAGUCAAGCAAUUAACAAAUAGCAAACAGUAUAUUUUGGAUACUGUACGGCUGUCAGAUGUUGUGGAAUUACAGGGUGAGAAAAUAAGGAAGCGUAACGAUUGGAUGAAUUGGGUGCUGACCCCAUCCCCCAAUCAUUUUGGAACUGUUUCUGGUAUGCAGUAUCCUGCAACAUCGGACUAUGAUGCUCUGGUGGCUCAGUUGCAAACUGUUGGACUUGAGGAGGCAUCUAACCACAGUAGCAUGGGGGGCUCAACUCAUACUGGGGUAUUUCUUAGCAGAUCAGCAUCUGGGAGUUUGAAUAACCAGUUGCAGGUGGCGGGCAGUCAUAGUGGAGAUGGAAAUGGCCAAGUCACUGGACACAUCAAUUCAGAUUAUUCCAAGCCAGGAAGAAGUUUAGUCAGGAGUGACACAUUAUAGAAAUCCAUUUUCUCCAGGGGAAGGUUUUAUGCAAGGGAGGGACCCGUCCAUGGGAGAAGCAAAGGUUCGUUUGCUACGUAAGAUGUCUUGCUUUGCCCAAAGAUGGAAGUGUUCAAUUCUCAGCUUAGAAAAAAGAAAAGAAAAAUGAAAAUGAAAAGAAACGAAAGUGAAAGAAGGAAAAAAAGAAAGGAAAAGAAAGACAGGUAGGAAGAAUUACAAGUCUGAGGUGGUAGUUAUGCUUGGCUAGACUGCUGGUUACUGAUGGUGAUAUCUCAUUGCCAUGCUUGGUCACUGGGCUGUUAAACUAUUGUCUUGAGAUUUUCUUUUUCACUGUGAACCUCCAUUUUUUUAGGAGGAUACUUUUGUCAUGUUGGGAGUCGAGGGCUGGAAUUGGUGACGUUAUCUGCACUUGCUUGAAAACCCCCCUUUUUUUUCUUUUCUGUUUCAAUACAUCAAAACAUAUUCUCAUAUUUAUAUAGCAUUUUUUUAUUAUUAGUUAAA